GGUAGAUUUUUAUUUAUUUGAUGACAAGAGAAGGAAAAGAUCUAGAUUGUUCUCGAGGCUAAACGAACGAACGCACGCAUUGGCAAUAUUCCUCGUAUCGUAGCAGCAUCAACGCAAACGCAAACGCAAACGCAGAGUAUUGAAGAAGAUGUUCAAGAAGGCGGUGGAAGCAAAAUCUCAACAGAGACUUUCCGGUGCCGACAGAAAAAAGCUUAAACGAACCGUUAAAGACAAAUUCCCAAGAGCUUCUGAUUCUGACCUAGAUAUUUUACUUCCUCCUAAGACGGAGAUAACUGUGGCCAAGUUUCAAACCCGGGUUCAUGUGUAUGCUGUGGAGGGAGGUUUUCCUGUGUUUUUCGACAUUGAUGGUCGUGGUUCAGAUAUUUUUCCAACAGUUUAUGCUCUAUGGAUGGUCCCUGAGCUGCUGCCGGCUUUCAUACUCAAGGGUGGUGAGGUUUCUCGAUAUGUUAUAGGUGGAGCUGACUUGAUGUUCCCUGGUAUACUUGUGCCUCCUGAAGGUCUUCCAUCAUUUGCGGCUGGGGAAACAUGGGCGGUGAAAGUACCCGAAAAUCCUGCUCCCAUUGCGGUUGGGAGUACCACGAUGAGCAGCGCCGAAGCAUUGAAAGCCGGAUUGCGUGGAAAAGCAUUGAGAAUAACUCAUCAUUAUCGCGAUUUGCUUUGGGAAUCAGUUGAGGGCCGUUACGUACCUAAUGCAGGUUUUUUGGAAGAUGCUGUGUUUGGACAUCCUUCUUUAUUAUCAUCGCCGUCUGAUGAUUCUGGUUUGACCGAGGCUGCUUGUGAGACAUCAAUUGACCAACAAAACAACACGAAAAGUGAUGAAGCAGAGGGAUCUCGUGUUGCAAAUGAUGAAAAUAAUGAUGAAAAUACAGCAGAUGAAGCAACUGCUGGCGUGCGUGAUUUGAAGUUAACUGAUAGUGGUUCGCCUAAUGACCCGAAUGACCAACAUACUCUAUCAACUUCAGAUGUAGAUUUGCUUCUAGACAAGUGCCUUUUGCAAGCACUGCAUACAACAUUGAAGGACAAAGACCUUCCCAUUCCUGGAAGCACUCUAUGGUCAAACCAUGUAUUGCCAUGUAGGCCUUCAGGAAUAACUUUAGACAUCAAGAAGUCAUCCUACAAGAAGUUAGCUAAGUGGUUACAAGCAAAAGCCUCCUCUGGAUUGAUAUCAGUGAAAGAAGACAAACAUAAAAAAGAAGUCGUGCUAUUUUCAGUUAACCGAAAACACGCUGAUUAUUCAUCCUUUAAGCCUGAAAAAAGGCCAGCGGAGAAACCUGACCAGUCCAGUGUUCAAUCUGUCAAUGAAACUCGUUCGUCCAAAACUCUGGAAGUGACUGAAAUCUACAAGCCAAGUGUACAUGUCAAUCCCAUAUUUUCAUCUGUAGGAGCUGAUACAGGCAAACUUUAUACUGUUUCUGAAGCCACUGAUAUUGUAUUCGCAUACAUUGAAAAACAAAAUCUUGUGAAACCAACAAAUAAAUCUCUUGUGGUUCUAGAUGCAAUAUUAUGUGAUGCACUAUUUAAGGGGGCUAUUAAAAAAGGAACUACGUAUCCUACAGAAAUUCACAAAAAAGAUUUAGGGCAAACAUUUGUGAGCCGAAUGCAACCUCACCAUGUUGUGACAAGAGGGAAUGAAUCUGUAGUUCGUAAAGGUGCACUAAAAACAAUUCAGAUACUGACAGAAAGGCGGCAAGGCAACAAGAAGGUAACCAAACUAUCCGGCAUGGAAUCAUUUCUUAUAGAUGCUGACGCAUUAGCAUCAGAACUUCAGAAGAAGUUUGCUUGCAGUACCACUGUUGGAGAAUUACCAGGUAAGAAGGGGUUUGAGGUUAUGGUUCAAGGUGGAGUUAUUGAUGACCUGGGAAGGCAUUUGGUUGAACAAUAUGGAGUUCCAAAGAGAUUUAUUGAAGUUUUUGACAAAACAAAGAGAUGAGCUCUACCAAAAGGUGGUGAUUUUUUAUAUUUUGUAGCAAUGAUGGGAGUGCUAUGCUUGGAUUCUGAAAAUGUAAUGCAUUUUUGCACUUUUUAGGUCUAGGUUAAUACAUAAAAGAGUAAACUCAUAAUAGGAUUAGACAAAGGUUCUUUCCAAUUCAAAUAUUUAUUGUAUAAGAUUAUUAUGAAACUUUGACUGGGAAAUCUUAUUUGCAAUUUUCACAUAUUUUCACA